AUAUAUUAUCCUUCUAUACCAAGCAUUUGUCAAUCGAAAGCCAAAGCUUUUAACAUUUUGACGCUCUUUCAAGUUUGACAAGGGCAAAAACCCUAGGCCUUCGCUUUUUGAAAAGAACAAGCUUGUCGUGGGGUUGUGGCGACUGAUGCACACAGCGGCGGGGUGGCCUUGGCCGCUUGAGAACGAGCCUAGAAAGAUGAGGGUAAAAGCACUUUCAGGAAAAGUGAUUAUUGUUCUGUGCAUAGCUUGCUUUCUUGCUGGAUCAGUUGUGAGGUCAUGGACCAAUUCUCAUCACACAUUUCAGAAGAAUGGUCAUCAACAAGAAGAGCAGGAAUUCCCGAUUAUCCGCCAUCAUGUUUCGAAGCAGCUUGCAGAAGUUAGAAGUGAUUUUGAUCCCGAGAAUACUUUGGAGAAACUGGUAGAAGCAAAACCAGUAGAUAUCAUGGAAGAGGUCACAAGGACUCACCAAGCUAUUCAGUCACUUGAUAAAACAAUUUCAGCAUUGGAGAUGGAGCUAGCAGUAGCUAGAACAAGAAAAAUCGAUGGCCAAAAUAUGGUAGAAAGAGCAAGUACUAAUCACAGUUUACAGAAGGCUUUUGUGGUCAUAGGAAUUAAUACAGCUUUUAGCAGCAAGAAAAGGAGAGACUCACUCAGAGAAAGUUGGAUGCCAACAGGGGCAAAGUUGAAGAAAUUGGAGGAAGAAAAGGGGAUAGUGAUAAAGUUUGUGAUAGGGCACAGUGCCACACGAGGUGGAGUUCUUGACAAAGCCAUUGAUGAAGAAGACGCUGAGUUUCAUGAUUUUCUGAGGCUCAAACAUGUUGAAGGCUAUCAUGAAUUGUCGACCAAGACUCGCUUAUAUUUUUCAACUGCCUUUUCUAUUUGGGAUGCUGAGUUCUACUUGAAAGUUGAUGAUGAUGUUCAUGUGAAUUUAGGAAUGCUAAUGAACACGCUUGCAAGGUACCGGUCCAAGCCCAGGAUCUAUAUUGGCUGCAUGAAAUCCGGUCCGGUUCUCUCUCAAAAGGGGGUGAAAUAUCAUGAGCCAGAGUAUUGGAAAUUUGGGGAAGAAGGGAACAAGUAUUUCAGGCAUGCAACGGGCCAAAUCUAUGCCAUUUCCAAGGAUCUUGCUGCUUAUAUCUCCAUCAAUUCGCCAAUAUUGCAUAGAUACGCAAAUGAAGACGUUUCGUUAGGGGCAUGGCUCAUUGGGUUGGAAGUUGAACAUGUUGAUGAUCGCUCAAUGUGUUGUGGGACUCCUCCAGAUUGUGAAUGGAAAGCAAGAGCCGGGAAAGUAUGCGUGGCAUCAUUUGAUUGGUCGUGUAGUGGAAUAUGCAAAUCAGUGGAAAGAAUGAAAGAAGUUCAUCAAUCUUGUGGUGAAGGAGAUGGUGCUCUUUGGAAUGUUGAUUUGUGAGAGGGAUUUUACAUUUUUUUCCUUUUUUUGUUUACUUAGUCUUUGGUGGCAAAAGGAAUUAAACACAUUACUUAGGGAAGGGUUUGUGUGUUUUCUAUGUUUUUGAUAAAAGAAAACCAACAUAAUGAGAAAUAAAUUUUUAAUUUUAUGUUGGAUGAACUUACU